AUGAGUUGGAAAGGCCUGACCAAGAGCGUCACUCGGGCGCCGCAAACCAUUAAGCAAAAGUUCAACAUUGGCGAGAUUACAAAAGAUCCCAUCUACCUUGAUGCCGAGCGCCGCUUCGACGAGCUGGAAAAGGAGACGAAGAAGCUCCAUGAGGAAUCCAAAAAGUACUUCGACGCCGUAAAUGGCAUGCUCUCUCAUCAGAUAGAGUUCUCCAAAGCCAUCGCCGAGGUCUAUAAACCCAUUUCCGGACGAAUGUCGGACCCAGACUCGUUUCUCGACGAAGGCAACACCGCUGGCAUAGAAGCCUGCGACCAGUACGAGACCGUGGUUCGCGAGUUACAAGAAACCCUCAAGCCGGAACUCGAGAUGAUAGAGUCGCGCGUCAUUCGCCCAGCAGACGAGCUACUGGCCAUCAUCAAAGCGGUGCGCAAAAUUGCCGCCAAGCGCGAUCACAAGCAGCUCGAUUACGACCGGCAUCGCACUGCGCUCAAGAAGCUACAAGACAAGAAGGACAAGACUCUCAAGGAUGAAAAGGCCAUAUAUCGUGCCGAGAGUGAUGUAGAACAGGCGACCCAGGAUUUCAAUUACUUCAACGACCUACUCAAGGAGGAGCUACCAAAACUAUUCUCUCUGGAAAGAGAGUUCAUCAAGCCCCUCUUCCAGUCCUUCUACUACAUGCAGCUGAACGUAUUCUACACACUCCACGAGCGCAUGCAGAGACUCGACAUAGGCUACUUUGACCUAACCCUAGACAUUGAGGCAGCAUACGAGAAGAAGCGCGGAGAUACCCAGGAGCAAGCAGAGAAGAUAUCCAUUGUCAAGUUCAAGACCACAGGCGGUCGCGUGGCUGGUGCGCGCCCCGGGCAGUCCAAAUAUGCGACCAAAGCACUAGAAGCCAAGGCAGGCCGGAGCUCCAUAUCAGAGGAAACGGACACGCCCCCGCCACCCUACAGUCCCGGACCCGCCGGAGCCAUAGGAGAUGUCAAGUCACCGGCCUUAUCACAAGGCUCUUGGGGCUCUGUUGCAAAGUCGAAAGGUGCCGCACCUCCCCCGCCAAAACCGAAGCCAUCACGAUUGAGUGGUGUGCCCACUACGGAGACAGUCACGGCGCUGUACGAUUACGAGGCGCAAGCGGAGGGUGAUCUUAGUUUCCUAACUGGCGAUGUUAUUGAGAUUGUUUCACGGACGCAGAACGAUAACGAAUGGUGGAUUGGAAAGGUCAGAGGGAAGCAAGGCCAGUUCCCAGGAAAUUACGUCAAGCUGAGCCAUUAG